AUGACAGCACCGUCUCAGGCACCAGGCGCUACUGCCCAUGCCCUCGAGACCUCUGUGCAAGUCGCUCUUCGUAUUAGACCACUCGUCACAGAUGUCAGGUCACUGAGCAGGCGGGUACGACCCGAGACCGAGGUUUUGUCGUUGAUCGAGCGAUCCGCUACACCUUCCUCCGUCUCGGGAUCGUCAACACCAAUCGAGCCACCCCAACAGGUCGUCGUCGUACCACUUCAGCGGCACUUUACAUUCGAUCAUAUUUUCGGCACCGAUGCUGCUCAAGAAGAAAUCUAUCGAGGAUGUGUUAAACGCAUGGUCGACAGGUUCAUGGAAGGUUACAAUGUCACGAUCAUGGCAUAUGGACAGACAUCCUCAGGAAAGACAUAUACCAUGGGCACGGGAGCACCUUCAGCUGAAGAUCGAGGAAGCACAUCGGAAGGUAUCAUCCCAAGGGCCAUGAGUCAGCUCUUCUAUGAGGCAAGACGGCCACCACCCGUCUAUCCCGGAUUCAAAGUGCCUGCAUUAAAAACAACCUUCCGCGUGUCCUUUGUUGAAAUCUACAACGAGGAUUUGAUCGAUUUGUUGGUGAAGGGCGAUUUCAGACCGCCCGUAUCCAUCCGCGAGGACGCCAAAGGACACAUCUACUGGACCGGUGUUCAGGAGAUUGUCGUCUCCUCUGUAGAGGAGGUCAUCCACGUCAUGCCAGAAUCGGCUUCUUAUCUAUCGUUGGCGUCUCAGGCGAUCAAUGAUGAUCCGGAGGUGGAAGGCGAGUGGGUGACCCUGAGCAGCAAGUUCCACUUUGUGGAUUUGGCCGGUUCUGAGCGUUUGAAGCGGACGUCAGCUAUUGGAGACCGUGCCAAGGAGGGUAUCAGCAUUAAUGCAGGACUGCACGCUCUUGGAAACGUUAUUUCUGCCCUUGGAGACCCCAGCAAAAAGGCCAGCCACGUCCCCUACAGAGAUUCAAAGCUGACCCGUCUCUUGCAGGAUUCCUUGGGUGGCAAUGCCCUUGCGCUGAUGAUUGCCUGUGUCAGCCCAAGUGAGGUCAACCUUGGCGAGACCCUCAAUACGCUAAAGUACGCAAAUCGCGCCAGGAACAUCAAGAACUCUUCUUCGCUCAAUCAGGAGAUCAACAUGGAAAACCCCGAAUACCUCCGGUCGAUCAUCCAAAAGCUCAAGAUGGAAAUCAAGGUCCUCAAGGCUGCCUCGCUCAACUCGGCCACAUCGACCCCUCGGCCUGGAAUCACCACCGAUGCUGCAGGAACGCCCACGGCCGAACAGCCAAAAAUCUCGCUCGCCAAUCGCCUUUCGACUUCAUCGUCCGCCUCAGGUCCUGUCCCUGGAUCGCUCUCUGGUGUUGAUGAUCUUCAUAACGAAGACCGCGCAUUGUCACCAUCCCCAUCUCGGCGCCUUUCGCAUUAUCAGAGUCGGGAUUCGAUUUCGACGGACAUCAGCCAUGGUUAUCUGGAUGCUGUUCGGGAGGAGGAGGAUGGGUACUCUGACACCUCGUCGUCAGCCAGGACCUCGUCGUCAGCCAGAACUUCGUCGUCAGCCAGAACGAAUGUUGUAGGUAUACCAACACCCAAAGCCUCAAGCGACUCGGCAACAGCAAGGCACAAUCUCACGCCUCUCACCAUCCCACCUUCGCUCGACUCCAAGUCUUUCGAAGCCUUUGUUGAGCCUGUGAUUGAAGAGUACGAGAAGGUGAUUUCAGGACUUGAGACGCACUUGGCCAUGACCCAGGCUGCCUUGAACCACUCGGAGCUGAUCCUGGAGGAGCAGCAAGGGCGUUUGGAUGUUGUCGAGGACGAGAACAGGACACUGUUGCAGAAGCAGACGAGUCUUAUUCGCGAAGUUUCCACCCCAUCACCAGAGCAGCAGCAGCUUCAGUUGGAACUGGAGCAGACCCUGAAGAAGGUUCAGGCACAACUGGAUGAUGCCGAGAUCCGACGUGCAGAAAGCGAACGGGCUAUUCAGGAUCUGGAAUCCAAGUUGCAGGCCGAACAGGCCAGGGCUCAGGAACAUAUCCAGCAAUUGCAGCAGGAGAAGGAGCAGCAGCGCGCACAAUCGACUACUCCUACACCCUUGCAUCCUGGACUAUCUCCGGCCGCUCAGGAGAAGGAGAAGGAGCUCAAGGCUCAGGCAGACAAAAUUCGUCAACUGGAGGACCAGGUCCGUAUCUUAAAGGAUCAGGUCGAAGCGGACGCGGACGCCUUGCGAGCUGCCAAGACUGCUAAGGUGGUUUCAACAGUCGAAGGACAUGACGGAGACGAGACCGAGGAGACCGAGGAGACCAAGCGCGAGGAAGAGCUCAUUGAAAAGCUUCAGUCCAAGGCCUCGAUGGAGCUGGAGCUCGAGAUGGAGAAAUCUCGCCAUGAGUCCCUUGAAGCCGAGGUCAAUGCCGCCCGGAAGGCAUCCCAGCAAAGCAUCGACGACGGCAUUUCUGACCAUGAGGUACCACCAUCUCAAUCUGUUGUGAUUGGUGAGAGCGAUGAUGUGGUUCGUCAACUCGACGUGACCACGCAUCCUUCAGUGUCUCGUUCUGCUGACAUCGCUGCUUCUGCUGGUCAUGAACAGAUCAAGAAGGAUCUCGAGGAACAACUCGCAGCUGCACGCGAAUCGGAACGUCAGCUCAAGGAGGAGAUUGUCGCCUUGACCGAGACGCUAGAGAAGCUCCAGAAGAACCUCGCCGCCGCCAUGGAGAUGGAGGAGAUGCUUCACCUAGCUGUUUCUGAUCUUGAGGGACGAUUGGAGACCUCCAAGGAGAACGAGACCAAGCAAUUGCAGGAGCUCGAGCAGCACUUGGCACGCAUUCAGGAUCUCGAGACACGUUCAACAAAGGCCGAACAGGAAGCGCUCCAAGUCGUCGAGGAACUCAAGGCAAAGUUAGCAGAUGCGAAAGUGGCUGCUGACGAGCGACUGGCGGACGAACUGCUCGAGUUGUUGGAAAAGAUGGAGCAGGAGCGUUCCAAGGUUGAGGCGCUUCAGACCCAGGUCGAAAACCAACUUGUCGAACUGGCGGCCGAAAAGUCACGGGCGGCCGAGAUUGAGGCUGACCGGGCGGCAAUCCAGGCUCAGUGGGAGACGGACAAGGAGCGGAUCAGUGUUCUGGAGAAGGACAUUGAGGAGCAGUCGAGUCAUGUCCUGGAGAAGACUGCGCUGAUUGCUACUCUCGAGACGCGUCUUGUCGCCUUGGAGGGUUCCUUAUCGGAGAAGGAGUUGUUGCAUCAGGAGCUGAGCCAGAAGGUCGCCGACCACGAUCAUGUCAUGGGAUCCAAGGGCACCGCCAUUCAGGAGCUGGAGGAACAGAUUUCGAGCCUCAAGUCUGAGCUGGAGGUUUCUGACAAGUCGACCAAGGACCAAGUCGCAUCUGUGCAGAGCGAACUCACCGUCGCUCAAGCACAAUUGGUCGAGACCCAGACUCGUGUUCAGGAGCAGGAACAAGAGCUUUUGGCACUGCGAGAAAAGACGGCGACGCUGGAAUCUGCAGCCACUACAGCUGCCGAGACUCUUGCAACCCAGGGGGCUGAACAUGCCGAGGCUGUCAAGGCACUUGAGUCCAAGGUCAAGCUAGCAGAGGCUGAUCGGGAUGAAGCCGAGACGCUGCUGGAGGAAAUUGAGAGGCGCCACAAUGCUGUCGAUGAGCAGAUCAAGACUCUUCAGAAUGAUGUUGCACUGCACCUGACAACGAUCGAGAUUCUGCAUGGUAAGCUAGCCCAGGCCAACAACGGCUCGCCACCUUCCUCUCGCCCCGUGUCCCUGUCGUCAUCGUCCAAUGCUCUUGCUGCCGGUGAGGACCCUGCGCCCAUUAUCCAAAAGCUAGAGAAGGAGAAGGCACGGUACCGUGCUCUAGUCCGCGAGAACGAGAAGGAGAUUGAGCGUUUGAGUGAGGACCUCGAGUCACUCGCGUCCGAGUUUUCUAACGCCGCUACUGCCUUUGAGGAUGCAGAAGAGGAGAUGAAGGCACGGAUCACGGAACUGGAGACCAUUGUUGAAGAUCAGAAACCUGCCGCCGGUCUUGGCGCGAGUCUGAACAACAACCUGUCGACAACUUCCUUGGCCUCAUCGAUCGCCUCGUCAUUCUCUACCCGUCACCGCGAAGGAUCAACAACCAACUCUGCAUCGCACCCACCUUCAGCCUCGGCCAAGGCACAGGUCGCAUCUCUCAAGGCCGAACGCGACCAGGCCCUCCAAUCUUCUGAGGAACUGUCAUUAAUCGUCGCAGAUCUGAACGAGAAGAACCACCAUCUCCAGGAGCGACUCCUCAACCUCGAACGGGAACAAGAGUCCGACAAGCUGAACCAAGUUCUUGAACGGCAAGCGCAGCAGGAAGAGAUCCGGGUGCUUCGGGAACGAGCCGAGCGGCAGGACCGCAACGCAAGUCCCAGCCCUGUUGGCAGUCUCCACUACGACGAUGACCUGCGGAGUAGUGUUCUUCACGACCGGAUCCUGCGCCACAAAACUUCGACUUCUUCGGAUGCUUUCGGUGGUGCUGGUUUGCGUGGGGAGGAUUCUUUGGCGACGCCUCGACAGAGCUGGAGCACUGUUGCCAGUCAACAACAACAGCAGCAGCAAGGACAAGCUGGCUCGCAGGUCCGUGCUGGACGCCACGAGUCGACGUUGAUCCAGCAGGCGAAGCAUAUCAAGCUACUUGAGGAGCGGAUUUCUGAGCUGCAGGCCAGCGGUGGAUCCCCCUCGCUUCUUGCUGACAGCCGUCGUGGGUCGCUUUCUUCCCCUGCGAUUGUACAAGCAGCCGGUGUCGGUUUGGGUAUUCACCACAAGGCUUCUGACUCUGACAUGACUCGAUCGGUCUCAACCCCGCUGUUGAAGCGUGCAAGUGCCGAAAAGAUGUCGCCCGCCCUCCGUGCUCUCUCGACCAUGGGUGGCCCCUCGUCUCCACUGCCAGCAACUCCCCCACCCACCGCUCCCCUGCCCCCACCACCUGCUGGAGGAAAGAUCACACCCGCCCAUCUGACCGGAAGUGCACCCUCCUCGCCUCGUAUUGGCGGUGUCUUUACACUGGAGACGGCCUCGCCCGGCAGCUCGCCAUCGAUGCGCCCUUCAAGGACCGGAUCUGUCGGCCGUCUCAGCAACUCUCUCCGUCGUGAGCGCGACUCGACCUCGUCGAACUUGUCUGACGCCAACGGACCUACUACGGCCACCAACACUGGAUCGAUGAGCCCUGCCGGAAGCACCAUCAGCACCGCUCCCUCCAACGCUGCCCCCAGCAAAGACAACAACGGCGCUAUCUCCUCAGCAACCGCACAAGCCCUCCAGGGCGUAGAGGUAAACGAGCUCCGCGGCGUCGUCGAUACACUUGCCCACCAGGUCCAAGCUCUCAAGGUCGAACAGACGAUGCAGCAGGGCAAGAUCCACCGUCUCGAGGCCGCCCUGGCCGACACAGAAGAGAAACUGAAGCGGGCCCGUUCCGACGUGUCCACUACUUCUGCCGACCGCGACCGCCUCAACCGGGAAUUAACCGAUCUCCGUGACGAGCUGAUGGCCGCAAAAGUGAAAUCUGACAAGGACCGUGCAGGACUGGAGACGGUCCUGGAGAAGGAGAGGAGGGAGAGGGAGAAGGCUGUGGAAACGAGGGCAAUUAUGGAGGCGAGGAUGGAGGAAUUGAUGGGGCGCAAGAGUAAAUUUGGUUGCUUCUAG